AUGAAUAAUGAUAAUACAAAUAACAAUGAAAAUUUAAACGAUAUUGAUGUUCAGCUUAGAAGAUUUGGAAUAUAGUUCUAUGCAUUAGGAUUUAAUUAAUAUUUUUAUUUAGAUAAUCCGGAAAUAUUUAGAGGAGAUUCCUUCGGUGAAGAGGAUGAUAUCCUAAGAGGGUAGAGAUAAUCUCAAAGAAGAGAUAGACAUUCGCCUAGGUAAUAUAUUGAUUGAAGUGUAGGGAAAAAUAUUAAAAUCUUUAAAAAUAUCUUUAAAAGCGCACAGAGCCCAUAUAAAACGAUCAUUUAGAUUAACUUUAACCAUACAUCAAAGUUACUUCUUUUAGAAAUAUGAAUGUUAAUAAUGAAUAUUUUAUUAACGAAUUUGGGUAAUUAAAAUAAGGAUUUUUAUAGACUGAUUGGCUCGCUAAAAAAUACAAACUCAAAAGAUAUUUUGAUAGGAAGAUCUCAUCGAAAUUAAAAUCAAGAUCUCAUUCCUAAUGAUAUAAGUAGAAUUGUAAUAAAAUUUUGAUUAGUAUUACCAGAAGAUCGUAUAAUUUCAAGGAUUCAUUGUAAAAUAGUAUGCAAAGAUUACUUUCGAAAAAAUUAAAUUCUAGAUUAAAAAUAUUAAUUUGCUUUGAUGCACAUUAAUUUGCCAAUAUUGAUCAAACAUAAAAUAAGUUAAUUUUUAGAGUAAUUUUUAUAAAUUAUAAAAGAGAACCAAAAAAUGUUUACAUUUAAGAUCUAGGAAGUAUAUGUGGAACUUAUAUGAGAGUAUUCAGAUAGGAGCCAUUUAUAUUAUCUUAUGAUACUAAAUUUAGCAUAGGCAGUGAUACUAAUUUUAACAUAGUUUUGAAUGAGACUUAUAAAUAAAAUUCAAAAGAAGUAGAUUCAGAAUUUUACAGAAUUUUGAAAAGAUUGUUUUGCUUGAAAUCAUAAUAAAAACAUGAAAUCCAUUUUUAAGAUAAAUAGAAAUCAUAAGAAUUUUACUAAUUAGAAGAGGAAGCAACAUCCUUGAGUGCUAAAGAGCUCUAUUAAAAGUUAAAAGAAUAUAAUGUUCCAAUUUUAGGAAUCAAAUUUUCUGGUCAAGGUGUUGAAUAAAACAAAUAAUAAAAUAUCUUAAUUGGGAAAUCUAAUUAAGAUACUGAUGAAUUCUACAUAGGUAGAGGAGCCGAUAAUUCAAUUAAGAUCAAUUCAAAUACUAUUUCUAGAAAAUAAUGCAGAAUAAAAUAUUCAGCUUAGUAAAAAGGUUUCUAUAUAAUUUUGUUAGAUAUUAAGCAUGGGUAAUUUCAGAUGGAUCUUUAGAUAGAGAUUCAGCUAAUGGAACUUGGGUGAACCUAUCAACAGUUGAAUAAUCAGAAAAGAAAAAAGAAUCAAAUUAAAUUGUAUUAAAAUAAAAUUCAGAAAUUAAAAUAGGAGAUUUCAUUUUGAAGGUGGAAUUAGUUAAGGGAUAAAAGGGUAGAUUUGGACAAUAAAUUAAAGAAUUGCUGUCUGUUUGA